AUGGACGCUUACGCUCUGCAUCUCGCCAUGGCGGCGCUCGUCGGCGCCUCCUUCGUCGCCGUCUCCGCCUACUACAUUCACCGCAAAACCCUAUCCGAGCUCCUCGAGUUCGCCCGCGCCGUCGAGCGCGAGCGGGAGCGGGAUCGACCCGAGGACGCCGAUCGUGACGGGGAGGUGGAGGCGUUUUUGUCGAAUGGGCAUUUGGUGGAUUUGGGGAUCCCGCCGGGGUUGCCGAGGCUGCACACGGGGAUCGAAGGCAGUAAAGAAUCUGUAUGUGCAAAUUCAACCGAAAGAGCUGGACAUCUAAUUAGACCAAUUUCACCUAAGUCACCUGGGGCUAGUGCCUUUGAGAGCGUGGAGGGAUCAGAUGACGAUGAACUGCCAAAUGAUGUUAACCUUGAUAAUUCCUAUUUGCAUGCUAAUGGCAAUCAUGACUUGCCAGAUGAUAUCAGAGCAAAUGGUGAUAAUAAUCCAUUACCUUCAACUAGUAUGAUCAGAUCACAUAGUGCAUCUGGUGAUCUCCAUGGUGUCCAGCCCGAUCCUGUAACUGCUGAUAUUCUCCGAAGAGAGCCUGAGCAAGAAACUUUUGUCAGGAUGAAGAUUUCACCUCGUGGUAUGACUUUUUAUCCAUUUCUUAGUUAUUUUAGUGUAGAUAGCAAGAAUGCAAUCCGAUCCUGGGAUACCUGACCUGGUUGAUAUUUGGAAUUGGAUGCAUCAGUGUG